AUGGCCGAGCUCUGUCAUGCUGUUUCUUCCCUGCUCUUCUCCUGUGUUGCCGCUUCUCUCAUUUUAAUGUCACACGCAGGAAAUCUUAGCUUUGCAUUCCCUCCCAGCAACGAUUUUAAAACUCAAAAUGAUGCUUAUUUUCAAGGAGACAAUCUCAUACUUCUGACCAAGAACCAAGCAACAGGGAGCCUGGCCAAUAGCUCAGGCUGGGCAGCUUACAAUAAAUCGAUUCCGCUUUGGGACAAUCUCAUACUCCUCUUGAGCUCUGAAUUUGACACUCACAACAACAGUGCUUUGGAUCCCGACGACAACCAUGUGGGUGUUGACGUCAAUAGUAUUUUUUCGAAGGUCAACGUUUCGCUGACCAGCGUAGGAAAGUCCGGUCUUUGUGAUAAAAAGCUCAAGAAUGGAAAAGAACAUCAAGGUUGGCCUCGGCCUCAACAGGGUUGUCCUCAGAGACGCACACUGGUUACGCCUGGGAUUUCUCUUGUAAUUAUUCGUGGGAAUCAUCAGCUGUUCAAUUUCCAAUCAACGCUCCCAAACUCUUCUUUUGGAAAUGGCAAGAUAAACAAUAGCCAUUUCCGGGUUAUAUUGAUAGUUGUCUUUUGCAGCGCCCUGGCCAUCUGCGGUUUCAUAUUCAUUGGCUGGCGACAGUAUUUCAGAAAAAGCGAAUGCGGUGGUGAGGCAACUGAAGACAGCGUUGUGGAGGUGGACCAAUGUUUUUUACAGGGCCCACGAAAAAUCUCCUAUGCGGAGCUCAGUACAGCGAUAGUGGAAAGCUUGGGCAAGGAGGCUUCGGUGGCGUUUACAGGGGCAUCCUGCCUGCUCUUAGGAUGGUGCCAUCGAAAGGGCGAGUUACUCCUGGUCUAUGAAUACCUGCCUAAUGGAAGUCUAGAUAAUUAUAUUUUUGGGGAGCAGAAGGGUGCUUUGGAUUGGGACAGGAGGUAUGAUAUUGCUUGUGACUUAGCCUCUGCUCUAGCUUAUCUCCACGAGGAAUGGGACCAACUUGUUGUGCACCGAGACAUAAAGGCAAGCAGCGUAAUGUUGGAUUCCAAUUUCAACGCCAAGUUGGGAGAUUUUGAUUUCGCUAGACUGGUCGAGCGUCAUCAUUCAGCUUCUCAUACAACUGUGGUGGCAGGCACACUUGGGUAUUUAGCGCCCGAGUGUGUAAUGACAGGGAAGGCCAGUCCAGAGACGGACGUAUUCAGCUUUGGGGUGGUGACUCUGGAAACUGCCUGCGGAGGGCGGCCGGUUGACCGCUCUCUACAUGAACAGAAUUGUAGACUGGUAGAAUGGGCUUGGAAUUUAUAUGGACACGGAAAUAUUUUAUGUGCUGCGGAUGAGAAAUUGGGUGGAAAAUUUAACGAGAAGGAAAUGGAGAGGAUGCUGUUGGUGGGGGUGCUGUGCUCUCACCCAGACCCCACAUCAAGACCUAAAAUGAGAGAGGUGACAAAGAUAUUGAAAGGCGAAGCUGAUUUGUCAUUUGUUCUCCUGGAUUUUCCUGUCGCUGUGUACAGCCAGCGCCAGCGCCUUCGUCCUCCUAUCAUUUCAAGCUCGUUGGCUUUCACGUCUUAA